AUGGAUAAUCCCGUUUGGAAGGGGCGCAUAAUCUCUGCCUUAGAGAGGAGGGACCAUAUACAGAGUACUUGUUUUGAAGCGAUUUUCAGUGAUUGUAAGUUGCUAAUUUGGUCCGUACUUUUAGAUUCUAAACUGCGCGAUCACGUUUGUCAGCUCACCAAGGAUAUUGCCUCUAAGGCAGGUGAAUUGAAGUCUUUGAGGCAAGAAAAUGUAGAACUUUCACUAAAACUCGAGAAAGCUCAUACGAUUACGAGCAGAAGAAUUGCUGAGACUGAACAGGACGCCAAAAAGCUACAAGCUGCAAAUAUCAGACUGUUGGACGAGGUUCAUAGUCUUGAGAAAGCAAAUAAGAAGAGAAGUCAGCAACUGCCGACAUGCUGGAGAGUGAAAACUCAGGAGUUAAUCCGCAAACAGUUGGCUGAUGCUGCCAGUAUUUCUGUAGGCGAGCCCGCUCUCUCCGGUUGCACCGCUGCAUGCCCCUCGGUUGUCCCCCAUAAAAUGCUAUCGGAAUUUAAUGCUUGUGAGGGUGAGGUCAACAGCGUACGCUUCACUCCUUCCGGUAAACUUUUCGGUUCAGGUGGAUUCGACCGGAAAUUGCGGUUGUGGGCAGUCGUAGACGGUACCUGUCAGUUGCGAUCUACCCUGGUCGGCUGUAAUGCUGCAAUAACUGCGAUCGAUUUUGACCCUAAUGAAACCUCCGUACUUGGGGCAUCCAGCGAUUUCUCCUGUCGAGUUUGGACCCUUAAUGAUUCUCGCUUGCGAGUAAACUUGACUGGACACUCAGAACGGGUAGUAUCGGCCAAGUUUAUGGGAAGCAACAAACGUGCGGUCACUGUUUCCUCAGACAGGACAAUCAAGCUAUGGGACAUCGAUCGGUGCCAGUGCAAACGAACUAUUCUCGCUGGAUCUGCUCCCCAAGAUGUGGUCGUUGUCGCGCCCACUGGGGCUGUUGCCACUGGGCAUUUCGAUCACAAUAUUCGACUAUGGGACGAACGCACUGGAACUAGCAUCGACGUCAUAGAGUUGUCUGCGCGCAUAACCGGAUUAGAUAUCUCUACGGAUUGUACAGAACUGCUUGCGUGCACCCGCAACAACACCGUCGAAGUGGUUAAUCUACGUACGAAACGAGUCACACAACGUCUAUCCGCCGAGGAGUUCCGUAUUGGUUUGGAUAUUGUCCGACCCUCCUUCUCUCCGGAUGCCAAAUAUGCAGUGGCUGGCGGACAAGAUGGCGGUGUGUAUAUUUGGAAUACUCUUACCGGACAACUUGAACAAUGCUUGUCUGGACACUCCAACAUUGUUGUCUGUUGUCAUUGGAGUCCGAGCGGCCGUUCUAUAGUUUCUUGUGAGCGCAUCAAUAGAGCUAUCAUCUGGUCCAGCUUUUAA